AUGCCAAAGAUUAUCAGCAACAGUAUUAUCUCAUCCUCAGACCACAGAGAUGAGCAACAAGGACUGCAUUCAUACUACUGCCUCUGCAGUGAGUUCAUUCUCGUCAUUGAUAUGGAGCUGGGACAGUUGCCAAGGCGGGAGACGGACAAUUCGAUCAUUUUGACCAACGCCACCAGGAUGUACAAGCUCCACGCGAUCCAAACAGAAGCCAAGAUCGUGAAGAGGGGCGAGAACUUGUUUGAGAAGCAGUACCGGCUACAUUGUCCACGAUGCAGCCUGGCGAUUGCAUAUGAAACGACGAAACACUUGAAGGGCGGACCUUAUACGUACAUUGUCCAGGGAGCGUUGAACGAGAUCCAGGGAGUGCCACAUGAGGAUUGGGAGCAGGAGUUGCCUGGCAGUGGACCUGCGGCAGGAUCAGGAAAGACAGAAGGAGAGGCUGAGGUGGAGGAGAAUAACGGUAUGGAGGUGGAGUUGCAGAUUAGAACAGAUGAGAACCAGAGUGCGGCUGCUCAGGCAAGAGCCUUCCUUGCGGCCUCUAUGGCGUCGUCGUCUUCUUCGUCAUAG